AUGACAGGUAAAGCCCGGGAAGCCUACUCUGCUCUGACGGUGGCAGAGAGCAAGGUUUACCUAACUGUUAAGACUGCUGUUCUGAAGGCCUACGACCACAUUGCAGUUUACAUCAGCGAGCACAAGGUGAGGACUGCUGCAGAGGCCGCUGUACUGGCUGAUGACUACGUGCUGAUACACAGGGGCGGUCGGGACUUCAGGGUCCAGGAGGAAGGAAUGUAUCAUGCAGCAGGUUAUCGAGCCAUGCGGGGUGAGGUCGCCAUGGGGGUCCAUCCUGUAAUGCCAAUUGAAGGUGUGGAUGUUAUCCUGGGUAACGGCCUGGCUGGCAGCCGUGUGUGGGCUGAGGGUCCACCGCCUACCAUACGGUCAUCUUCACCCACUGUGACUGUUAACACAGAGGAGAACGCUAAGUGCUCCCCUGAAGUGUUUGUGGCUUGCGCUGUGACACAGGGGAAGUCUGAGCAGGGUGAAGAGUGGUGCUACAAAGGUCACUGCAUGUGGAAGAAUCCUAAUCAGAUCAAGCAAGAUGGCGCCUGGGGCUCCUGGAGCAAGUAUGGCUCCUGCUCCCGCUCUUGUGGUACUGGAGUUCGCUUCCGGACGCGUCAGUGCACCAGCCCAGCGCCCUCCAACGGCGGCCAGGACUGCCCAGGAGUGAACUUCGAGUAUCAGCUCUGCAACUCUGACGACUGCCCAAAGCACUUCGAGGAUUUCAGAGCUCAGCAGUGCCAGCUCCGCAACUCCCACUUUGAAUUCCAAAAUGCCAAACACCAUUGGCUGCCCUACGAACAUCCUGACACUAACAAGAGAUGCCAUCUGUACUGCCAGUCAAAGGAGACAUCAGACGUGGCCUACAUGAAGCUGCUGGUGCAUGAUGGGACACGAUGCUCUUACAAAGACGCCUACAGCAUCUGCGUACGGGGAGAAUGUGUGAAUGUCGGCUGCGACAGAGAGAUUGGCUCCACCAAAGUUGAAGACAAAUGUGGUGUUUGUGGUGGGGACAACUCCCACUGCCGCACCGUGAAAGGAUCCUUCACCCGAACACCAAAGAAACCUGGUUACCUUAAGAUGUUUCUCAUUCCUCCUGGAGCUAGACAUGUGAUGAUCCAAGAACAUGAGGCCUCCCCUCAAAUUCUUGCAAUCAAGAACCAGGCAACGGGGCAUUACAUCCUCAACGGGAAAGGAGAGGAAGUCAAGUCCAGAAGCUUCAUUGACUUGGGCGUGGAGUGGCACUACGUCAUUGAGGACGAAGUGGAGACUCUGCACACUGACGGGCCUCUUCACGACCCUGUGGUGGUUCUGGUCUAG